AUGCAAUCCCCCAAUCGAAGCCAGGAGGACUCGCAGCUUCGGAACUCCAAACACGAAACGCCGCCAGAAAAGUUCAAGUCGGCCGGCGAAAGAAAUUUACAAGUGUUAAAUGUCGAACGCUUUUUGGCAGUGAGGGGAAAUGCGUGCUGGCCGGCUUUCGACACGAAGGCAACGCGGAAACGGUGGACAAAUGAACCCCAGUCAGGGGACUCCAAAUCGGACUGGCGAUCCGCGUCUGCGGUAGCCGGCAUUCAAAGGUUUAAUUCAAUGAAAGUUGCGUCGACAAUGGGCAGGCACUCGGCCAAUUCCAGCGGCAGUCGGUGA